AUGUUGCAAGCGCAGCAUCCAUAUCAGUCACAGUAUUCUCAGUUGCAAGAUAGUUGGCCUCAUGGCAACCAGCACAGUACCCAACAGGGGUCGAGUCACAACCAGCAGGGCCAGGCAAGCCAGCAACACUACACUCGCAUUGCCGUGAGCCAAAACAACGCCUCUAGGGAGAACAACAACAAUCCGCCCGCUGCUGCUUCCCUCGCCGCCAUGGGCGAACAGGGGGCUGAUCAAUCGGUCUCCGAGGACAACCGCAAAGUCCUGCAAUGGGUCGCAGAUCUGAUGGAGCCUGCUCGCAGGGAAACCGCCCUGAUGGAGCUCAGCAAGAAGCGAGAGCAGGUUCCUGAGCUUGCCUUGGUUUUGUGGCACAGCUUCGGCGUUAUGACCAGUUUGCUACAGGAGAUCAUCUCAGUCUAUCCGCUGCUCAAUCCGAGCCAGUUGACAGCGGCUGCCAGCAAUCGGGUCUGCAAUGCUCUCGCUUUGUUACAAUGUGUCGCUAGUCACAACGAGACUCGAGGCUUGUUCCUGAAUGCUCACAUCCCACUCUUUCUCUACCCGUUCCUUAACACCACUUCCAAGUCAAGGCCUUUCGAGUACCUGCGCCUGACUUCCUUGGGCGUCAUCGGUGCACUUGUCAAGAACGAGCCUUCUUCAAGCUCAUAUCCUAGUGGCAAUCCUGCUGGUCCGGGUCAGACCAACAACUCAUCGCCCACCAUCACGUUUCUCCUUACCACCGAAAUCAUACCACUUUGCCUCCGAAUAAUGGAGACAGGUAGCGAGCUGUCCAAGACAGUGGCCAUAUUCAUCGUACAAAAGAUUCUGCUGGAUGACACUGGCCUCGGAUACAUCUGCGCUACUUAUGAAAGAUUCUACGCUGUGGGCACAGUGCUGAGCAACAUGGUGGUUGGCCUGGUGGAGACCCAGACAGUGCGGCUGCUCAAACAUGUCGUCAGGUGCUUCUUGAGACUGAGCGACAACAACCGUGCUCGCCAAGCACUUCGACAAUGCCUCCCCGAACCACUACGCGACGCCACAUUCUCCGCUGUACUUCGUGACGAUGCCGCUACUAAGCGCUGCUUAGCUCAGCUAUUAAUCAAUCUGAGUGAUAGCGUCACUGAUUCCGCAAAUGACCAUUUCGACUAG